UCCCCAAACACUCAUUGUGUACAGACAGCCCUAUCGAGUUACGUACACCAGCUAGUCACAAACGCACCCCACGUUGUAUGCCCGCUUUCUUUGCAUCACCGUGGAUAACGGGGUUGGGUCCACCCCUGAUUUGCCUCUUAUUUUAUCUUUAGUUUGUACCACUGUGUUUAUUUUUUACUCUUCAUAAAGACACAUAUCGUGGCGGCAAUUUGCCAGAACAGCUGCUCCCCGACCGAGUUUCACUUUCGUUUCCCGAAUGUAGUUUAAAAUAAUCAUGAUUCGAAAAACAAAAGGCAAGUUGCUGUGACUCGCGUCUACUCGGCUGCGGUUUCGGUGACGCCUUGUACCUCUCUCUCGCUCUCACCCCCCCCACCCUCCCCUUAUUUCAUUUUACCUUCGCCUUGAGAGCGACACUCUAGGCUCGAGUUGAAUUUGAGACAGUACCAGCAGUCAAAAUGUCCAAAAAACUAAGCAUGAAGCAGAGACGUGAAGUCGGGCUGCAGUUUAUAAGUUUUCUCCAGGAAAUAGGCCAGCAAGAUGUGACCGACAAAGCGCAACUUAAAUUCAUUUACAAUUCUCAGUUCAAGUGCAGAGAUGGUGUUUUGAGUGUGAAUUUCUCCGGUGUGAUUUAUGCUCUGAUGAAAUCGAACAGAGCCCGAGUGAGCAGCGGUGAGAUUUUCAUUAACUCUCAGAGGAGAAAGGUGGUGUAUGCCAACCAGUAUUGGCAUAAUUCCAACUCCACCGGCAACCUGGGAUCAGCACAGUCUCCGGCCGUUGUCCCUGAGCCUGGGAGGAGGGGCCGUGCCAAACACAUCAUCCGCCAGCUGAAACGCAACAGGGAAAUCUUGAUCAAAGACAAAGAUGGCAUAACGGUAAAGUCAGACUUUGACACCGAUUGGGGGAAGAUCCAAGUACCGGUCAGCUGCAAUAAGAGGGAAACUGUCGAGAUCAAGGUGACGAACGAGGGGACCAAUGCGGUGAAGUUUGUACGAUGUGAGAUGCUUCGCCGCUUCCACGUCUUCACCUUGAACGAUGAGAAGAAGGUGACUAAUUCCCAACCCUUGCAGCUGCAUGCAGGAGAAACCUAUAAAAUUGAAGUCAUUUGCUCGAUGAUGACUCGUGGCUAUUUCCCAGUAACACUGGUCUUUCAGUUCCAAGAUGAGAACUUAAAAACUUUUUACAUCAUUCGCUUCUUCUCGGCAAGGACAACUAGCGAGCUGUUUGAAGAAUUGAAGCCCACCGCUCCCUACAAGCCAACCCAGCAUUGCACCCUGCGAGCGACAGAAGAGAUUAUUGAAGAAGGAGAGAAGCCGGACUGUUUUGUCAACAACCAGUUGGAAAAAGAAAUCCCUCUUGGCAUAUACAAAUACUCUAAAAUCUUUCACAAAGCUGUGAAGAGCGGACUGGAGGAUAACCCUAAUCUCAAUCCUGAUGUGAAAUCUGAGAUUCAAAGGAUUAAUUCUUUACUGGCAUCUAAUGUGGAAUUUGAGAACUAUGCAGAGAGAUUCUCAUUGUUGCUCCAUCUGGAGGAGAUUCAGAUGGAAGUUGACAUUACAAAAUACAACAUGGAGAACGCCACAAUGACUCGGGAUGGAAGGUUUCUUGUUCUCAAGGUCCCUGGUGUUGCUGAAAAUAGACCCUCCGUGCUUCGAGGAGACCACCUGCUGGUGUCGAAGAGUGAUGACCACAGGCAACCAAGAACUUGCUACAAGGGCUACGUACAUCAAGUGGAGCUGGAAAGGGUCAAAUUGGGAUUUUCACAAAAGCUCGUGAAUGAUUUUAUACAAAACAUGAAGUUCAAUGUCUCGUUCACGUUUAACCGAUUCCCAUUAAAAAUGCAACAUCGCGCCACACAGUUAGCAAAGGACACUGGUCUAAUGAAUGUGCUCUUUCCAACGUAUUCCAACGACAUGUGCAUCCAUCCUUUGGACAGAGAGUUGAACUUUUAUGAUCGGUCUCUUGCGGAAAAUCCUGAACAAGCCAGAGCAGUCAGUUGUAUCGUUGCUGGGAUCUCCAGACCUGCUCCAUACUUGAUAUUUGGUCCACCAGGAACUGGGAAGACUGUCACUAUUGUGGAAGCGAUCAAACAGGUGCUGCGUUGUAUACCGACUGCUCGCAUCCUUGCUUGUGCACCAUCCAACAGCGCCACUGACCUCCUGUGCCAGAAAAUCAGUAGGUCUGUGGAAAAGAGAUACAUUUAUCGCAUCAACGCUGUCAGCCGGAGCUGGGACACUGUCCCCCCAGAUGUGAAGGAUUGCUCAAACUGGAAUGAAGAAAGUAGGAGUUUUGAGUUCCCAUCCAAAGAGAAACUAAUGCAAUAUCGAGUUAUUACGAGCACUUUGAUAACUGCUGGAAGGUUGGCCUCUGCAAAUUUCCCACCUGGCCAUUUCUCUCACGUGUUCAUAGAUGAGGCUGGACAUGCUGUUGAACCUGAAAGUAUCAUCGCCAUUGCAGGGUUGCUUGAUCCGAUGGAUGUGGAAAACAACAAAGAUGGUGGCCAGUUGGUCCUGGUUGGCGAUCCAAAGCAGCUGGGACCAGUGCUGAGAUCCCCCAUCGCCAUCAACCAUGGACUAGACUUGUCCUUGCUGGAGCGGUUAAUGAAUGGAAGAAACGCACUUUACCGCAAGAAUCCAGACGAUGGAUCCUACGAUCAAAAAUUUGUAACAAAACUUCUACGCAAUUACAGAUCCCAUCCUCAGAUCCUCAAGAUUCCUAAUGAAUUGUUCUACGACAUGGAGCUUGAAAAUCACCAGGAUCCAUUAAUCAGCAACUCUUACUGCCAGUGGGAACAUUUGCCAAAGAAGGAUUUCCCGUUAAUCUUCCAUGGAGUUCUUGGACUAGAUCAAAGAGAAGAAAAGAGCCCAUCCUUCUUCAAUAUUGAUGAGAUUGAUGAAGUGCUGCUCUACCUCAAACACCUGCUGCUCAACCAGGGGAAGAAGGGUAUCGGCAAGAUUUCGCCCAAAGAAAUUGGUGUGAUUGCUCCGUACAGGAAACAGGUGGAGAAAAUCCGAAGAGCGAUAAAUGUACUGGACAAGGAGCUGAAGGGGAUGAAUAACAUCAAGGAAUUGAAGGUGGGGUCGGUGGAGGAGUUCCAGGGCCAGGAGCGGAGGGUAAUCAUCAUUUCCACUGUCCGAAGCAGCAUUGACUACCUACAGAUGGAUGAGGAUUUCAACCUGGGAUUCCUCAAAAACCCAAAGCGGUUUAAUGUUGCAAUGACCAGAGCCAAGGCCCUGCUGAUAGUGGUUGGAAACCCUGUAAUCCUCGCCAAGGAUCGAAACUGGGACAAGUUUCUGAAUCACUGUGUGAUCAAUGAAGGUUAUAUCGGCCACAAAUUUGAAGAUGAUGAUAUUGAAAAUAACCUCAUUGAUAACCUUGCUCUGCUCCACCUUGGCACUGAAUUAACAGAAGGUCCUGAUAGCAUCAGCAUUAUCCAACAACAGCUGGAUCCACAAUGGAGGAGUGAAGUUUGAUUGAAUCUGCACAAGAAAACAUGUAUAGAACCCUGAGUGAUGGAAAUGGAAGACAAUGCUGUCUGUUAGGCAAAUCUUUAUACAAAUAUAUUUAAACCAGUUGGAAACUAAUUUCUCAAUUGAAUCUGGGCCAAAAAUGUAAUAAAUUUCAGAAUUGUGCAAAUUUUAAUAAUUUUCUACUAAUGUCUUUUUGUAGUUUUAUGUCAAUGCUGCAGUUCUAAAUUAAGGUUUCUCAGAAUAUUUUUCUAUGGCUGCAUUUGUACUAUUUUGGUAAAUAUUGAAGUAGUUUUUGAGUCGUAUGCAAUUCAAGUUCCAUUAUAAAUUGCUUGGACACUUUGAUACAGACUAGGAAUAUUCCACUUCUUGAUUUUGACCAGUGAACUGGCUUAAUUUGAUUAUACCCAGGUCACAGGGCUGGGCAAUUAGAAUGAGUAUGCAUCAACCAAAGAUCCUUAUUGCUCUUUGAAGUUCAUGUGGGCAAGCACAGACUUUAGGAAAGUGCAGAAUGCCCAAUAUCUUUCAUAUUUAUCUGGCCCAGUUCUCUUGGUGACUGCACAACAAUAAAACAGGUUGGUAAAAUGUGAAUGGGAAAUACUUGUCAGAUCUGCUACCUAAUCAUUUGCCUUUGAUUAGUAUUUGCUUCAUUUAAUCAACAGAUAGCCUUUCUCCUAGGUAGUCAUCCUCAUAUUGGGAAGCAAGUUAAGAUGAAGAGAAUUUAAAAUAGUUGCACUAUAGAUGUGAAUUUCUUUUUUCUUUCCUCCCAACACCCAAAUCCACGUUUCCUCAUUUUUAGUUUCAUUAAAGAUGAAAUGCGACUAAAUGUGGUGGCAGUGAUUGUUGGCAGUGUGUAUCUUGAAUGUUUUGUCUGUGGAAUCCAAUGGAAAGUUCAAAUAAAGUGUAUUGUAUAAAAU